GGUAAAGGCAUUGCCAUGAAACCUAACUUGAAGCAAUGGAAACAACUCAUGCUCUUUGGUAUCUUUGCAUGGGGCCUGCUUUUCUUGGUGAUAUUCAUCUAUUUUACAGAUAGCAACACUGCUGAACCAGUUCCAAGUUCCUUUUCUUACAUUGAAACUAAGAGACUUCUACCCCUUCAGGGCAAGCAGAGAGUCAUCAUGGGAGCCAUUCAUGACCCAUCAUUCUCUGAAACCAUUGAUGGGAAUGAGGUACUUCUUAAUGAGGAUCUCCUAGGUACUUUUAAAUCGGGGACUGUAAAUUCUAAGAAAUGGACUGUAUUGGAAGAGGCCUUUAGAAAUGAAGAUGAGUUUUUCCCACCCCAAUUAGGAAGAAAAUCAAAAAGUGCUUUCUACCAAGUGAAUGAUGAUUAUUUAUUUGCUGCUGGUCAGCCUCAGUCACACAACCACCUUCAAGAGAUAGAAAAAUUCAUUUCGGCUGACGUGAGUAAUCCAAAAGGAAAUAUUUUACAGAACAACUGGAGCCAUCAGAGAAGAAUGAGGAGAAGGAGCACAAAACAUAGGAGAGGCCAGAUGCUUGAUGAAUCUGAUGACUGGGAUGGGCUGUAUUCCACAAUGUCGAAAUCCUUUCUUUACAAGCUUUGGAAAGGGGAUGUCUCUUCCAAGAUGCUAAACCCUCGACUGCAGAAGGCGAUGAAAGAUUAUUUGAGUACCAAUAAGCAUGGGGUGCGGUUCAAGGGGAAACGAAACUCCAAGUUGACAGGAGACCAGCUAUUCUGUGAGCUAAAAGAAAGAGUGAAUGUGAAAACAAUAGAUGGCAAGGAGGCUCCCUUCUCCUCUCUUGGAUGGGAAAAGCACGUUCCCCAAAUUCCACUGGUCAAAUUAUAUACACAUGGCUUUGGGAGCUGUGCAGUAGUUAUGUCUGCUGGUGCAAUACUGAACUCCUCUCUAGGGGACGAAAUAGAUUCUCAUGAUGCCGUUUUAAGAUUUAAUUCUGCUCCAACACGUGGCUAUGAAAAAGAUGUUGGCAAUAAAACAACCAUGCGGAUCAUUAAUUCUCAGAUUCUCACCAAUCCAAACCAUCACUUUGUCGACAGUUCCUUGUAUAAAGAUGUUAUCUUAGUAGCCUGGGAUCCUGCUCCCUACUCUGCAAAUCUGAAUGUGUGGUAUAAGAAGCCAGACUACAAUCUGUUCACUCCCUACGUACAGCAUCGCAGGAAGAAUCCAACCCAGCCGUUCUACAUCCUCCAUCCAAAGUUUAUAUGGCAGCUCUGGGACAUCAUUCAGGAGAACACUAAAGAGAAGAUACAGCCCAACCCUCCUUCUUCAGGGUUCAUUGGUAUCCUUAUCAUGAUGUCCAUGUGUAAUGAAGUGCACGUGUACGAGUACAUCCCUUCAGUGCGACAGACCGACCUGUGUCACUACCAUGAACUCUACUACGAUGCAGCUUGCACCUUAGGGGCCUACCAUCCACUGCUCUACGAGAAGCUCCUGGUGCAGAGGAUGAACAAAGGUUUGCAGGAUGAUCUGUAUCGGAAGGGGAAAGUCAUUUUACCAGGAUUCAAAGCUGUCAAGUGCCCCAAACGAAAUAAUUUUCCACACUUGUAG